AACAGGAGAUCGAAGACUUCAUUGAACACAAACUCUGCACUCGAAUGCAAAUUGUUAUAACAAAGGAGGCGUGCGAUACGUUUGUCCAACAAUAUGGGCCCCAAAUUCUGAAUCUCAUCGCUCAGAAACUCUUUGAUCCGACGACUGUAUGUCAAAAGGAAAUGCAUAUGUGUCCCAACACUACCACCGCUGUUCCCGUCGAGACUAUUCAACCGCAACAAGACUUUCAACUCACCCGACAGACCGAGAAGUGUGAUCUAUGUGUACAACUCGUACAACAGAUGGACAAUUUGCUUGAAAACCAAGACGUGGACAAAGAGAUUGCAAAAGUAGUUGAGAAGGCCUGCCAUCCCCUGUCCAGAGCUCGAAGGGUUGAGUGUGAACUAAUGGUCGAGUCUUUUGCGCCAUACUUUUUGCAAAUGAUUGGACGCAUGAGUGACGCGAAUCAGAUCUGCAAAGUAUGUCUAAAUGCU